AACUGCAAGCAAGAUAUUGGGCCUUCCUGUUUGGUAACUUGCAGAGGGCUGUGGAUGAAAUCUAUCAGACAUGUGAAACAGAUGAAAGUGUUUCAGAGUGUAAGGAGGUGAUCCUGGUGCUUGAAAAUUACACUCGUGAUUUUCACAAUCUUAUUGAAUGGUUCAGGCUGAAAUGGGAAUAUGAGAACACUCCUCCACCACAGCGACCAACAUCACUGGCAUGGGAAGUUCGAAAGCCAUCUCCAGGGAAGAUCCGUCCUGUGACAAACAUGGAGACUGUAACUGUUGAAAGUCAUACUGGUACAAAUGUAAAUAGAGGAGAUACACCAACUUUAACUGUACAAAAUGUUAACAUGCAGAAAAGAGAUUACAUUUCAUUACGGCCAUACAAUGGUGCAAAUAGUAAUGGAGCAAUGAUAACUGAUGUUGAUGUUGGAAACAAUACUAGCAGUAGUGAUAGUGUAGGUAUAAGUAACACAGUGCCUCUUAAUGAUGGAAAUGAGACUAAAAUACAUGAUCAGACUGUUCUUAAUUUACAAGGAUCAAACAGUCUAACAGAGGUUACAGACAAUACCGUGCAGAAUGUAAAUAAUGAUAUAAAUAAGAGGCUUGCAGUUAUAGGUAAUAUGGAGGUAAGUGAACAGCAACCAGAAUGUGGUACUACUUUUACUGUAGGUAAUGUAAUUUUAGACUCAAAUGAUCCAGGGUGUAGGAAAGACGUGUGUGGUGUGAGGGAACUGAAUUUUGAGAAUAAAACAGAGGAUGGUGUACAUGAUGGAGAAAUGGCUGCUAACAUUCAAGUGAGAAAUAGUACAAUUUAUGGAAUUGAUACAACUACAAUUAAAGAAGGAAGUGAAAAUAAUUAUGCAAAUAAAGACUUUGAGAAGGUUGAUGAGGGUAAUGAAUCAGAGAAGCCAAGGAAGCCAUGUUGUGAUAUCGUUAGAGAUAUUUCUGAUGAGGAUAAGAGAGAUAAUAAUGAUGUGGGAAGUGGAAAAAUUGAUGAAGUUAAAUUGCAUGAUGUUCCUGUAAUGAUCCAUCAGGCCUCUCAGACAGAUUUAGAAGAAUGUGUUGAGGAUGCUGAUGGCUUGAGAUUCCUCUCAAUCCCACAAAAACCAAUGGAUACGACUCCUGCAGUUGUUAGCAAGCCUACACAAGUAAUUAAUGUUGUAAGUAAAACAGCUGCUUUAGGCAAGUCACCAGUAGCUCCACUGCGUGCUGGAGUCCGCACAUCUCUUGCACCUGUUGUGAGACCUCAGCCUUCUGUGAGACCAGCUUAUGCAACUGUUUCAAGGCUUAGUAGUCCAGCCAGUACUAGGAAUCAUGCAUUGUCACAUGCGAAUCUAACAACUCCCAGACCCUACAGCAGUCCUCGGCUUGUUCAGAGUCGCACUUCCACAGAUGUCAGACCUGCUGGAAAGGGAACUGCAUUAAGAAAGUUGCCAGUGGAGCCAACUGCAGGAGCCUUGAAGUCACAGAGACCAACAUCACUAAUAAGACAGUCUCGGCCUGGAGGUCAACAGUGUGGAGUUACAGCAAUGUCACUUCGACCCAAAGUAGAAAACAUUUCAGAGACUGGGUCUAGUUUGGACAAAAGAAAUGGUUCCAACUCGUCCUUAAAUAGUUCAACAUCAUCUGGUGCCCGAAGCUGGGCAGACAAGGUCAAGGGUAAAGAAGCUUCACGGACAACUGUCUCGGUUGAAGUACUGCCAAGGACAGGAACUGGGAAUGAGGAUGAUGAUACACAGGGCUGGGAGACUGUGAAAAGCAGAUCCCGUUCACGUGUGUCUCCAGCUAGCAAAGUGGAAGGGUUAAGUUCAUCCCUGUCACUCAGUGCCAGCAGCAUCAAGUGCCGUCCGUUAGAAAGAAAAGGCAGUGUUGGCGUGUCUUCACGGGUAUAUACCGCAAAAUCCCGAUUCCAGCAGCCAAGUGCUGCAACUUCACUUCCGGCUCUGGCUCUAGUAGAGGUAGAAGUGCAACCACAGUCACUUAAAGAUGGGAAGAAAAUUGCUGAAGUGAAGAGAAAUGUUCCUACAUUGACAUUUACACAGAGAAACAGUACUAGUAUUGCCAAGAUGAAGAAGGAUGUCAAAGAUAUUAAAGAAGAUAACAAUAAAAAGUUGCUAAAAUCGAUCAAAACCUCAUCGCUUUCAAAUAAAAAUGUAAACGGAGAAGGAAAGAAUGAGAAACACAUAAAAUCAGAAGAUGCUGGUAACAAAAGAAUUUCCAAAAUUACAUUGGAUUCUGAUGACAACAGAGAAAAAGGACAUUUAGCACAAACUUUGAUGAAGAAAGACAAUGAUGAAUUAGAAAUUAUUGACUAUAAAAUUGAGGAUGAACAGGAAGAAAAAGUUGUUAGGAAAAAUAGUACCGAUGCAAUAAUAUUGGAUGUUCAGCUUGAAGAUAUUCUAGAAGAGAAGAACUUGUUCAAUGAAGAAGAGCUCAGGAAAAGUAAGGAAUUGUGUGCAGAGGAAGCAAUGCUGAGGAAAGAAAUUUAUGAACUAGAAAGUACAGAAAUUGAGGCAGACACAGAAACAGAUGAAACAGAAACAGAUGGAGAGGCAACAGUUGGACCGGAAGAGGAUGACGAAGAACGGCAGAAGGAAGUGACAGAAAUUCAGAACAGCUUGAUUCCAGAAGACACCAUGACAUUGGAAGCACGAUAUGAAACUCAGUUAGAGGGCAUGUCAUAUGCUGAACGUCUGAAUGCUUUGGAACAGCUGGAGGAAAUGGAGUCACGUCAUCCAGGUCGUGCUCUGGAACUGCACCAGAAAUUGUCGUCUCCAUCACGCCGUCGCACUUUGCCCGAGACUUUACGUUGUUUUCAAGCCAAGCAGGCUCAGGCCAAAGAAAAAAGGGAGCGACUGAUGCAUGAGAAAUCACAGAGAUUAAGGGAACUACUUAACAAGGUGGAAGAAGUUAAAGCUGCCCAGGCACAACUUACUGAAAAUAAACGCGCACGACUGGAGAUGAAACUAAAGAGAGCUGAAGUGAACCGCAGGUUACAUCUGAAGGGUAUAGUCAAAAAAGCCCAUGAUGAAGAAGAGAAACUGAAGGAAAUAGCAUUUAUCAAUGAGUUAGAAGCACAGAAUAAAAGACACGAUUUCAUGGCACUUUGUCAGGAGCAAGAAGAACGUCUCCAAGGAAUUCAAGAGGAAAGACAACGGAAGCAAGAAGAGAAGGCAGCCAAAGAAGCUGCAGUAGAGGAAAGGCGAAGAGUACUGGAAGCUGAAAGACAAGAAAGAUUGGAAAAAAUGCAGGAAAUGAGAAGGAAGAGAGAGGAACGAGUUGGUAGGAAUCAACAGGAAAAAGAAAAGGAAAGACAGGAAUUGGCUAGAGAGAAAGCCAGGGGUCGAGAGGAACGCUUAUCUGCACUGCAUGCAGCUCAGUUGGCAACUCAAGAAGAACUUCAGAAAAAGAUCCAGCAGAAACAGGAGGAAUAUGCUCGUCGACAUGAAGAAAAUAUUGAACAUAUUCGACAGAGGGCUCUGGAAUCUAGCAUUCUGCGCUGUUCCACAGAUGAUGUAGCACCUCGACUUGCCCCUUAUGACACCCAGAAGUUGUGUGAAGUGUGUAAUGUACUGAUUGGUUCAGAAGUAUAUCUGUUAAGUCACUUGCGAGGCCGGAAGCACCAAGAAGCUGUUCAGCGUCAGCAUGAAGGAGUUGAUCCUUCAAGAGAGGAUCUUGCAUCAUAUAACAUUCGGCACAUUGUUGAUGCUCCAGCAGAUAAGAUUGACCCUAAAAUAGCCCUUGAUAAAGAACGCCAGAAGGCUCUAAAGAAGCGUUGUAAAAAAAUAAGACUUCGAAUGGCAGCUAGAGGUCAAGAAUAUGAAUCAAAGAAGGAUCCACCUAUUAAAAUGGAAUCUCCUAAUAAGGCUCGUAUUCAGAAGUGCUUGAGAGAUGUGGAGAAGCUGCACUCAAGUCAAGGAAAAGGACAGUGGCCAAAUACAGCAAUUACAUCUCUGGAAAGAGCCCUGUGUGACAUCAGUCGAAUUCUAGAUAAACAGAAUUCAUUGGAUCAGAUGGCAUUCCAAGCCUUAAAUGGUUUCGCAACUUUAUCCAGUAUCCUUAACUUGGCACUGGAUGUACCGCUCAAUAUGGCGUCUUAUCUUCCUCCAAAAAGUUUUGUAACAACCUGCAAUGCUUACAAUCUAGCCUGUCGAAAUCAUGCUACAAACUCCAAGUAUGUUCUCUUCAGUAACAAAAUUAGCACAGUACUGGACUUGUUGCUCCAUCGACUCACAGUUCUAAUACCGGACCGUAGCCGUAUGAUGUCCGCUUCAAAUGCUGGAGGUCACAUUUCACUUCCUGUUGAUUCAGUGGCAGGAGCUCUGAUGAGGCUUCUCGCUCUGGUGCUGAACCACGUCACAGAGGAUGAUGAUAGUCCCAAGGAAGAGCUGUGCGUUCGAAUGCAAGAUGUUGUUAGCUACACGGUGAGUGUAGGCGUGGUGGACAAGCUCGCCCUAUAUUGCGGCGGUGUCCGGGAUCCUAUCGACGGCGACCCGCAAGCGGGCCAGUUCCUCCUCAGUUGCCUCGAGCUUCUCACUACCCUGGCGGCCAGCAGGUGCAGCGGCAGUGUGCGCCGUGGAGGCCGCAAUGAUGACCCUACACAGCUGAUAGGGACGCUUCAAAUGACGGAGCUUGUAGGAGCCGUUUCCAUGUUAUACGGCAUGUUGCUUCACCAAGGCGCACCUCCCAGGGGCUCUGCUUCCCCGCCCCCUGCCCUUCCGUCACAUACAAUUGCAGUCACCAUAGCUACGAUACGUCUUCUGAACCGAGUGGCAGAGCUUGACCUGCUGAUGUUUCAAAGUGUGCUUGGGGCUGAAGGCAUCUCGCUCCAGUUCCGCCACAUCGCCAGCUAUCUGCUAUGGUACUGUUCCUAUGAUAAGGAGAAGGAGUUACUUCAUGAAGUUGUUCGAGUAGUUGGCUUCUUCGCUGUGCGUAACCAGGAAAAUCAGAUGAUGAUCCAGUCCGGGUACAUGCCGACGGUUCUUCAGCAGCUGUGCAACUUGCCGUUUCCAUAUUUCAGCAACCCUACACUAUCGUGUCUCCUGUUUCCCACUCUGCUCGCCUGCUGCAGCGGCAACCAGCAGAAUCGGGCCAUUCUCGAGCAGGAAGUCAGCUACCAGUUGCUGGAGGAAUUCCGGAGCUCCGAGGCGGGCAAGAAGAAUCAUUUGGUGCUCCUUCUGAACGGGAGUAGUGCCGCCUGAAUUAUAUUAUAAACUGAGUCACGUUAUGCGCAAUGUACGUGCUGGUAGCGGGUGCACAGUUCCACAUCCCGCUGCAGUUGGUAGUGUUCCUGAGUCCCUGUGCAGUGUAUGAGACGUAGUAGUUAAUUUUAAUAGUACAACAGUUCGCACUGAUUGUUUUGUUAGCAUCCAGAUUGUAACUUCACGAAGUGCACCUUGCUUCCGGUUAUGUAGAAUGGGUUGGAUCACAGCAUCUGUUAGAUUUAGACUGGAAGUAAUUUACUUACUAACAUGUGAUCUAGCACCGAACAGGAACAGUACGUCCAAAAUGCCAGUAUUUCUGUGCAUUGCUGAUACAGACACAUACUAUCUACAAUUGAACUAUUGCCUAUGCGGUAAUGUAAUUUCACAGAAUUAACAGUAAUAGGCGUACAGUGUGUGCCAAUUCAAGAAUAACUCGACUUCAGAGAAGAGUUCAUUAAUCUCAUGACCUGCUAGCUGGCCGCGAUUUAAUGAUUCCCGGUAUGAGAGCUUAUCGCUGUCUGCCUUGAAACAGAAUUGGCCGACAGGCACGUGUUGCCCAGGUGCCCUGUAUAUUGUAUAUGCAUGCACUGUUCUGCUAGACACACUCAUACGUACUCUGAACUUCGCGAGCUUGCGACUGCGCUCUUCAGCAUUUAGAGUUGAACUGAAGAUAUGACAGUAGUACGUCAUCAUUCUGCCUUUGUUGGGGCUUGUUACGUCACCCGCAUUCGAGGCCAUGAGCAUUAAAUCGCGGCUGGACUGUAGUCUAUAAACGUCCAAAGUUGCUAGUCUCAAGUUACAUUCUUGUUUUUGAACAUAUAUUCUACAUAUUCUCGAAAUAUGCAAGUUAUAUGAAUAAAACCGCUAUAAUAUGUA